AUGAUCCUGGUCUAUGUUGAUGAUCUUCUAGUGCUAGUGCAAUGUGAACAACAAAGAAAAAAGAUUGAAGCGGAACUUGGAAGGGUGUUUACCCUGAAGAGCCUAGGUAUAAUUAAGACCUAUAUCGGGAUGCACAUAGAGCACACAAGAAAAGGGUAUAUACUGAUACAGAAUAGUAAAAUAACACAAAUGUUAAAGGAGUGUAACCUAGAGCAAUGCAAGACAGUCGAGACGCCUAUGGUGGCUAACUUCCUGGGUGAAGAAAGUUGUGACAGUGAGCCAUUUGAGGAUGUGGAAUUAUAUCAGUCUAUUAUUGGGAAAUUAUUGUAUCUAUCACAAUGGUCAAGGCCUGACAUCUUGACUGCAGUAAACAUACUAAGUAGGUUUUCCUCCAAACCCACAAAGAGACAUUGGGUUGGAGUGAAAAGAAUACUGAGAUACCUGAAAGGUACCAUAGAUAAAGGAAUGUACCUAGAACCUGAUGAAGAUCUUAAGCUAGACGCCUGUGUAGACAGCGAUUGGGCUGGUGAUAUACAUGAUAGAAAAUCCACAUCUGGAUACAUAGUAUUACUUGGUGGAUGCCUGGUUGGGUGGAAAACGCGGAAGUAA